AAGAACAACAUAAUCAGGAGCGGCCGCGCCGAAGCCAUCUCUACUAAUUACAGACGGACCAUAACCAUUGGCCUUCUCCAAGUCUCUCUCGGGUUUUGUUUUGGGAUGAAAUCCCACAAAGUCGCUCUCUCAGCAAUGUAAAUGAAGACAACGCGUUCAUUGCUUAUUAACGACGAGAGCUUGUCGGUUCGCAUCCAUUAAAUUAUAGUUAGGGCGUAUUCACAAUCAAGUCUUGGUCUCCGAAAAUUCGCUGCCUCGCUUUUACUGUUGGGUAACACAAUAGGCUGAAUUCUCUUCCUUCCUGCAUGCCUUAAUUGAACCAGUCUUAUAGUCUACGCCUUCCGCAGCCUCCAUUUUUCUCCCGUUUUCACUCUUUUCUUCCUUUACGAUAAGUCCUUCCAAACCAAUCUAUGCAUCAAUAUCCGAGAGGAAAAGAAAGCCGUAACAACAAGAGAUGACCGAGCGGGUAAAUAUUGCGGCGGUGGCGGCCACCGUCGGAUGUGUUUCGACGCUUUUGCUGGUGUUUGUUCUGCGUUGGUGUUAUCGCAGAAAGGGAAGAAAUUUCGUAGAGCCGGGAAGUCUUACCAGAAUGACGAGCCUCCAAGCAGCCACGGGUAGGCUUCAUCCCCAACGUCCACCGCAGCAACCUAGUGUUGAUCAUCCGUUUGAUCAGGGAACGAAGAACAGGGGCAAUUUUUUUGUGUUUCAUCGAGGGAUCUCCGGAAGGCCUUUGUUCAGUUGGGCUGAUCAUCCGUAUCUGGCCGCUGACGCUGUGGAAAACGGAUGGUCUCGAUUUGCUUUCACGGCCUACAAAACCCACAUGUCGUCUCCUUCAAAAAGAUCGGCUCUUUUGGGAGUAUGUGCGGCGGGUGAUCAAGGAAGAGAAACAGAGGCCGAGUUGACCUGGGAAGUAUGUCAGGGAUCCGCCGAUUUUAUGCAGAAGAUAAGAUUGAAUCCUGGGCUUAAAAGGGUUCAUCCAAACAAUCCUUCUAUGAGUGUUGCUUCGGUGAUCAGGACGGCUCUGCCUCUGCCUGGCCCUCCUCUGGGAAACCAUUCCUUCCCUCAAGAGGCCUAUUUUGAAAUUACCAUUCUAUAUUCCCGAGGCGAUGAUUAUGAAUCGGUUGGGAAGAAUGGAGAAAGCGAGAAGAUUAAACUCAUCCCGGAAGGGAAAUCGGAGGCUUUGGUCCACGUUACCAGUAGUCAUAAAAUUAACAAUGUUGAAGAAGUCAAGCUUGAUGGGGAAAAAAGCGAAUCUCUGAUGUUUUCGUUGGGGUUAACAGCGGGAGGCUCAGUUCCUUUGAGAGUUCCAGGUAGCUAUCCUGGGAGCAUCGGCUUCAGUUCCAACGGUUCUGUCUUUCUUGAUGGAAUGAAGCUGGUAUUCGAGUCCGAUAAGGCAGAAUGGGUAGGAAGUGAUAGGGUGAUAGGGUGUGGGUUUGAUCCGAGGCAGAAGAAAGUUUUGUUCACGUUGGACUCAGAGUUGGUGCAUGUAAUUCAUUGUCAGGCAGAGGAAUUCGGGACUCCCCUAUAUCCAACGUUGGCUGCAAAUAUCGACAUCCUAGUAUCAGUAAAUUUUGGACAAAGCGCAUUCAAAUAUGCUCCUGCGAAUGCACAAAGAACACCAAAUCCAUGUUUUGUAGCCCCUCUUGUAAAUUCCCCUGCCAACACUCUGGGCUACGACGACAGCAAGGAGUUGUUUUCAAUGGGAAGAAUUGACUCUCAGUGGCUGAAUCGAUCUGCAACCAAAGGCGGCCACAAUGGUGGGGCCAAUAAUCGAGUGGUAGAUUUUGAUGAGGAGUCCGAGGCUGAUCUAUUUGAAAUCGUCCUGGAUGGUUCCCAAAAACCUCCCAACUCAACGACUUCGUAGCUUCCGUAUGUACAGAUGAUGAUCCAUGUCUGUCUGAUCCUAGUUGUCCUGGUUCUGGCCUCUAACCUUGUUGCUGCUUGAGUUGUCCCAGUGGCCAGUGAGCUUGGUUUUUGCCUAUCAUACACAUCAUGGGCUUCAUUUGGAACUAUGUUUCCUGUCCUGUCACUUCCAUAACGUGGGGCUUAAUUAGUGCUGCAUCACCAAAUCCUCUAAGGUCAUACUGGUACAAAAUACAGAGACAAAGGGUUUAACUUCCACCACUAACUUGUUACGCACAGCUUCGUCUUCCCCCUCACACCGGGGCUCAAAAUAUAGAUUUUGUCUUUUGCAAGAUGGCAUUCUUUUUCUCUGUAUAUAAUUGUUAUAUGAUUUUUUUCGAGUUCUCUUUCUCAUUUGCAAACAUUGUCCGAUUAAUAAGUUUGAGUGGGGAAAGUCGUUAAUGUAGUAUCAGAAUUUUUUUUCUAAUUGAAAUGGUUUCUCUCCAUUCUCUUAA